AUGUCACUCAUGAAUCCGAAAGGCAACAUAGGGGCAUCGAUGAUCCUCGACACCAUACACUUGGCGUUCGUCACCCAUGCAGUCUAUAGCUACGCAAUCUUGGAUUUUGGCGACUAUUUAUCCAUAUCGAAACCACUCUGUCAUGUCACGAUAUCUUCUGUACUGCCAUCGGAUUUGGAAGCUUCGCCUCUUUAUGUGAAUUCUGACACGCAUCGAGGCCUCUAUAUCUCUGCUGUCCUUCGCAUUCUCGAUAUGGGGCAUCCCAACUACUUCCUUGCCGACGCAGAACAACUCUCAUUGUUGUGCACUGUUGUGCUUGCUGUUGCCUUCGGCGCAGUGUUGCUGAAUUCGCUUCUAGCAACGUUGAACGCGAGGCGGAAAUUGAUGGAGAAGACAUCGCGCUUCUCGGUAUCUCUGGAUAGACUCGCCAUUCCUAGCCGCAAUAUUGCCACAAGACACUCUAGAGUGUCUAUGAAUUCUCCGGUUCUGGAAAUCAAGAUCGAGACUUCCACUGAGUCGAAUCGCGAAGAUGUCCGUUCAAUUGCCUCCAAACCGGACUGGAAAUUGGUUGAACCACUUUCAUCAUCCUCGAGGACACUCCGUCAUCUGACCUUAGAAGCCUGGUUCGAAACUUAUAUCGCCAAACGACCGAGCGAUCUGCUAUGCCUCGAUUGUUUCCCCCAUAUGAUUGCAAGAGCGACCGAGCUGCGGUGUAUCGAUCGUGAAGACACGCGUCGAGAUGAAGAGUUUCAGUGGAAUCUGCGCAACCUGUGGAAAGUACGAAGUCUACGAUUGGACGUCGACCCGUUAGACUACGGCUACAACAUCCACUUCCUGAACGUACCGCCAGUUCUCUGCGUAUUGGAGAUUCACGAUCACCCAUCGCCCUCUCCGAAAGUGAUGCAGGAGAUAGCGCGGACGUUUCCUGCGCUGCGGACGUUGAAGCUUUCUCAAAACGCGAUAUGGUGUGGCUUGUGCAACACAUGCAAUGUAGCGUCUUUCAAGGAGGCGCCUGUGUCUCCUGUCAUUUACAAAGGCGGAAUGGGGCUUCCUCCCCUCAAGCACCUUCACGCAGUGCAAUUUACCAUAGGCUAUGAUACAGACGGACAAUCCUGUCUAGAUCAUGAGAAUGAAGACUGGUGGUGCGGCGAAUGCGACCAGUGUAUCGCGUUGAUGUACCCCGACGAGGAUUUUCGUGAAGAAUGGAUCGAGAAAAAGAAGGAUGCUCAGCCCAGACCUCCCUCGCUUCAGGUCGUUGAGUGGCGGUUUGUCCACCUUGAUUUACAGGUCCCCUCUGUUGAGGCCAUACUGCAAGAGCUGUACGAGGAUAACGAUCGCACUACUUACCAAUGUCCAUACUCGCGUGGUCUCUCAUCGAGCGUCGUUUGCGUUGACUCUUUCGCAUCGAAUAGACUCUACGGGAUCAGCACGGUUCAAUCGUUCACCUACUUCAAACGUUUCUCAAGUACAGAUCCGGGGGUUUUAAAGCUUUUGAUCCUAUUCUUGUGGAUACUCGAUAAUGUUCACUUGUCGUUCAUUGUGCAUGCGGUGUAUACCUAUGCUAUCACCGACUUUGGCAACAUGCUUGCCGAAUUGAAACCUCUCUGUAAUGGCUACUCAGUGUGGUUGCCCGAGAAGGUCCAUCACGAGCUUGAGCGAUAUCAUCGUCAGAAGGCAAUCGCGAAUGCAUUGUGGUACAGCCUUCUCGGCAUGGGGCUGCUGUGCGAUUCUCUGCCUAUCGUUGUACGCGGCAUUGCCCAGCUGCGACAGGUUCUCAUUCGUCGCCGCGAUGUUCAUGCUACCGAAAUUGCUCCUGAACUCCCUGCUGGCAAGCCUGAAUGCGAGGAAACGCGCGAUAGAUGA